GAAAGCUUUUAGUUGGCAGCCCAGUGAAGAACUGUAAGGAAGCAAAGAGAAGCAGAACCACCAAACAGAAAUGGCAUCUUUAGGGCUGCAGAUUGUCGGCGUAGCUCUGGCUGUGCUGGGAUGGAUUGGAAACAUACUGAUCUGUAUGCUGCCCCUGUGGAAGGUGUCAGCUUUCAUUGGGAACAACAUUGUGGUGGCUCAGACCAUCUGGGAGGGCCUGUGGAUGACCUGCGUUGUGCAGAGCACCGGCCAGAUGCAGUGCAAGGUGUACGACUCCCUGCUGGCCCUGCCUCAGGACCUCCAGGCUGCUCGGGCUAUGGUGGUCAUCGCCAUCCUGUUCUCUCUGUUCGGCCUGCUGCUCUCUGUGGUCGGAGGGAAAUGCACCACCUGCGUUGGGGACAAGGUAGCAAAAGCCAGAGUUGCCAUGACUGCAGGUUUUUUUUUCAUCCUGAGUGGGGCUCUGUGCCUGGUGACCGUGUCUCUGCCUGCUAAUACAGUCAUCAAGGACUUCUACAACCCCAUGGUUCCUGACUCCCUGAGGAGGGAGCUGGGAGCGUGUCUGUACGUGGGCUGGGCGGCAUCAGGACUUCUGCUGGUCGGCGGCUCUCUUCUCUGCUUUCAGUGCCCGGCAGGAGGAGGAGACCGCUACAACGGAGCCAAGUACUCUGCGCCUAAAUCCACAACACCCGGGAAGGAAUUUGUCUGAAAUUCUGCGCUAAACAAGACGCACAACCUGACUUUACAUACAGUACACACCUGUUGCUUAUCGAGUUGUGAUUUUCAUUUUUUACUAAAAAACUAUUCGAACACACUGUGGCCUUUUGUUUCUGAAAUGUUCAAGAGACUCUACGGUAUGUGCCAUGUUAUAGUAAUGCAACAUGAAGUUGAGCUUGAUGCUUAAUGCUUUUAUAUUUGAUUGUUUUGUGUUAUCAUUUCAGUAUUAAUUCAGGGUAAGACUCUUCUGAUGUUUUUAUUCAUGUUUUUUGCAAAAUAAAAGAAAAAUGUCACGUGAAUUGUUUUUCCUUCAGACAAACUGAAUGUAUGUAUGAUGUAUUUCAUCUGUAUGAACACAAUAUUGAUGUACUAAGCAAAGUAUCGCGAUAUUUAUUUUCUCUUAAAUAUCAGAUGGAAAAGUUGCACUGUUUAGAUAUUUAAAAUAAAAUUGUUGAUAGUUACUUUGGAGUUUAAAAAUGACACAAAACAUAUUCCAUUGUUUAACCGAUAUAACAGUAAGGUUUAAGGAGAGAUGGUGUUGUAUGCUGUACCGAUUGUAAAGCCUCUUAUUUGUUUUAUUGGGCUAAAUGCUGGGCUAUAGAAUUGACUUGACAUAAUUAAAUGUUCAAUACAGAUCCAUUUGAUCAGCUAAAUCCUUAAAACGUUGCUUUCCAUUCUAGCAUAAACAAUCCGACAUUUUGUUGAUGAAACGUCCGUACUUUUCCCUACAUGACAAUUAAGAUAGGGACUUUUACUUGCUAACAAUUUUUUUAGCACUGAUACUUUUACUUAAUGAUCUGAAUUCUUAUUCCCCUGGCCUGAUCUCAUCUGAGUGGGUUGAAUGGAAACGGACACAAGAGUGAGAAAUUACAGCAGCGUAUUGUGUUUCUUGUUGGACUGGUUUCAAUUGAAAAUGUCUGUAAACAAAAAGAAAACCGUUAAAGAGGUUUACUAUAUAUCAUCCUGACAAUACUUGGCAGAUGUGCUUUAACUGGGCAACGUGUAAAUAUCCAUUAUUUGGAGAUAAAGAGCAGUUCCUUAGCAACAUGAAUUUAAGUAUACACAGCACAUUGUUGUCUCUCUGUGGCAGUGACAUCCAUUUUAGUUGAGACAGACACUGUAAAUUACCGUCUCUGUACAAGAGCGGUGGAUUAGGCCAUGGCAAACAUCUCAAGCAGAUACAGUACAUUCCCAGGAGGCUGUUCCCCUGAAUUCCUGAAUGCCUUGUCACGAGUGCUUUGAGAAGUUCAGUUUCAGUUUUAUUGCUGUGUUUGGUGAAGGUGCAGAGAGAACAUGAGAGAGCAACGUUGGAACAAAGAAGCUUUAUUUCUGACAUUUGAAAGCAAUUUCAAAAGUCUGUGAUCCUUUUAUCAUUAUACAAUUACAUCAGAUCUGCUUCAACUGCACAUUGUUCAAUAUUAAAAUCUGCAUAUGAUGUCAAUUUUUCCAAAAUGCUUUUCAUUCACAUUUUUCUCUGAUCAGCAGUCUAAAUAAUAAUCCAUUUAGUCUCAUACAUCAGACAAACAACAAGGAAAUAUACAGGACUUAACUGUGCUGUCUUUUGUGAAUUAAAUGCUCCAUAUUUUUAAGUGAUUCAAAUUCAGAGGAGGGUUUAUUCUCUUAUCAAUCACAUGUUCAUGCCUAUGUCAGCUUUUGCAACCACAUUUAUGAGAAAUAAAUCCUUCUGUACAACA